AUGCGGGAGUUCCCAUGCGUCUACAUAAUAUUUGAUGCGCUUGACGAGUGUUCUGGGCGAACGGAGCUAAUGGACAUCCUGAAGACUAUGUCUGCCUGGCAGCUUGAGAAUACACAUAUGCUUCUAACGAGCCGCAAAGAACGAGAUAUACAGAAUUCUUUAGAGACUUUCAUAUAUGAGCAGAGUCAUGUCUGCCUCCAGAGUGAACGAGUGGACAAAGAUAUACAGAAAUACGUACAGCAGCGACUAUCCAACGACAAGGACUUCAGUCGGUGGGAAAAAGACCCUACCGUGAGGCAGGAUAUCGAGACUACUCUGGUGAAAGGAGCGCAAGGAAUGUUUCGAUGGGCCGUCUGCCAGCUGGACACGUUGGCGAAAUGUCGCACUCGGGCAGCGCUACGGAGAGCGCUUGUAACGCUUCCACCAACGCUUGACAAGACAUAUGAUCGUAUUCUGUCCGCAAUCAGCGAAGACGAUUCGCGGUAUGCAAUCACUAUUUUACGGUGGCUGACGUUUGCAGCUCGGCCGCUAUCACUGGGUGAAGUCGCUGAAAUCGUUGCGAUCAAUUUGGAUGAUGAAGCCACAUUCGAUCGUGAUGAGGUUCUCGAAGAUCCGUUGGAUGUGUUGAACAUCUGUUCUAGCAUGGUUACUAUAAGUACGGAGGAGAGCGAAACGCAAGGCCCAGCAAAACAGAUUGUAGUGCUUGCACAUUACUCGGUCAAAGAGUAUCUCAUAUCAGACAGAAUACAGAAAGGUUCCGCAGCUCACUACAGCAUGCAACUUGCUGUGUGCCAUGACGCUAUUGCGAGAAGCUGUCUUGGAUACCUCCUCCAGUUCCGAGGAGUCAAAAUGCUCAGCCACGAUAAUGCAAAAGAAUUCAGACUGGCAGAUUAUUCAGCCAUGUACUGGAUAGAGCAUGUUCGAAUGACGAACGACGACGUGUAUGUGAACUGGCUUCGAAUUCAUACUCCAGACAUGCCAUGGGAGGGCUCGAACUUCCAGAGGAGCCUACAAUCAAUGCCAUUACCUUUUUAUUAUGCAGGCCUGCUUGGCCUGAAACGGGUUGUAAAGUUGCUGCUCAACGCGGGCGCCGACGUUAACGCCCAGGGUGGAUUCUACGGCAACGCGCUAUACGCAGCUUCAGUAAAAGGCCACGAGCAGAUAGUCAAGAUACUACUCAAUAAAGGCGCCAACGUCAACGCCCAGGGUGACUGUAGCACCGCGCUAUACGCAGCUUCAGUAAAAGGCCACGAGCAGAUAGUCAAGAUACUGCUUAACGCGGGCGCCGGCAUCAAAAGAGCUGCGUAUUUUGGUAAAAAUUCAAUACUGGAGCUUCUAGUCUCAAAAAUCGAUAAUACGCAGCUCCAGGAUCCGUACAACCGGACUCUACUCUGGUGGGCUGCAGCCGGCGGCCAGUCUCAUACUACAAAAGUCCUUGUUAGCCAGUACCAUCACGACCUUCAGAUCACGGACAAGUUUGGGCGCUCGCCAUUGUGGAUUGCUACCAAAGAAAGUCAUCGUGAAGUGCUGGAAUUCUUAUCGGAAGUGUGUGGACUGACCAGUCUCGAGAAAGUAUCGUUGCCUGAUCAUGGCCAUGACGCGGUAUAUGAUCUAUGCAACGUCUGUACCUCGCCCAUAAACUGUUGGAAAAGAGGUGCUAAUUGUGCGGAUGAGACACAUACCUUAACUGAGAUCAUAAAAGAAGGUCAAAAUUGGGUCAAAAUAACCGACUGA